AUGCUGCUGCUCGUAAAGAAUAUCCCUCGUUACGCAUCAUAUCGGCUAUUGUUUGAUUCUAUAACGAAUGAUUUGGGAAUUGGUAGAAAAUACUUGAAAUUGGCGUUCAAACCGGGAAAAGCAGUUGGUUACUUGAGAAUACGCAAUAAAGAGGAAUUGAGCGAAGAGAUACGGGGCAAGGAUGGGCAGGCUUAUGAUGCUGGCAACGAGCACGAUCAUCUUCUUGCGGAAGGAGUGCAAGAUGUUUGUAAAGUUGGAGAUGAAUCGGAAUCAAGAGAGGACUGGGCACACAAAGAUGCGAACAAUGCGCUAGAGGAUGACAAUUCGAACGGUGUCAUUUUGACAAACAAGGAUAAUAUUCAGGAUAUGGAAAGAAGUAGCGUGCUGGUAGGUAAUACGGAGAACGAUUCCAGCAACAAUAAACAAAUAAAUGACGUGCAAAGUGUUGUGGUUGAGCGUAUUGGUGGUUGUGGAAAUGGACAAAAUGAUGAGUUAGACGUGAAAAUAUUUGCGUUCCUGUGUAAAAAGGAGAUCAAAAUUGGAAAGAACGUCAUAACGCUGAAACAAAUAGAAGAACGGCAGAGAAAAACAAGGCCAUCAAUCAUCAUAGAAGACAUCAGAGACAUCGUCACUCCUCUUUGGAGACAUACCAAGGAGAUCCAGCGGUCUAUGAAACUGAGUAACUUGAACAGCUUUUUGGAGAAGAACGCACUUCCGCCUGCCAAAGAAUUGGUCUCGCCCGUGAACACGCAGCGUAACAAUUUUGAGUUCGUUUUUGGGUUCAACGCUGAGGGAAGACCGCGUGUUGGUUUUAGGGGGCAGUCCUUCCGGGACAACAAAAAUUUGUGCUACGAGUGCACGAACGUAGAGUUCAUCGGUGAAUUGAGGCAACAAAUUGACUUGGUCAAUGAAAUGGUGGAUAAACACGGAUGGAUGGUGUAUGAUAGGGAAAAAGGGACGGGAUAUCUCAGAAUGAUGAAGGUCAGGGUGGUAAAUGGCAACGAACAUUUGGUGCUGGUGGAUAUUGAUGGGUCUAACGAGAGAAGAGAAGAACAGGUGUGCAGUGAACGGCGAGAAAAUGCGGAAAGCAGUGCCAAUCAGCUGGACGUUAGCACUGAGCGUUUCUUCACGCUUUUUAAACCGUGCCCUGAUGAGCACGUGCUAAAACUCUACGAGUUUCUUACAGGUCUGCCGUUCGCUAACGUGUCAUUUGCAUUCAACCGCACCAAAUUCGAAGGCAUUUCACCCGGCCCAUCAUUUCUCGUGAAGGGAGCAUCGCAUCUCUUCCAGCACAUUCAUAACCUGAAAUUCAAAAUUUCAUUUUUCUCGUUCUUCCAAACUAACAUUGAAAUGUUGCAGGCCAUGAUCAAACGGAUAAAAAUGGAGAAGAAGAAUAACCCGUACCUGAUAGAUCUGUGCUGUGGUUCCUUGGUACUUGGAAUGAUGCUGUGUAGUGAUUUUGAAGAGGUGAUAGGCAUUGAAAACAAUCCUGAGUGCGUGAAGGAUUUUGGCGUAAAUAGGAAUUUUAACGGGGUGGAGAAUUGCAGGAUUAUGGGGGUGGAUGUUAAUACGGUGAGUAUUUCGGAAAUAGCCCGUAGGAUUUUGGAAGGGAAGGAUGAAAAUGAGGUGGGUGGUGCCUGUGAUACGGGCGUAAACGGUAAAGAAGUAGAAAAAAGUAACGGGAAGGAUGAAAAUGAGAUGGGUGGUGCAGUAAACGGACAGGAUCUGGCAGAUGCGAUCGAUAUUCCCAGCAAUGGCAAGAAAAUUGCGAAUAAGAGUGCGGUAAGAAUGAUCGAUGGUAGUGCGGGCACAACUAAUUCAGUUGCAGUGCACACCACAAGCAUAGAUGAAACGGUAAGCACCGAGAAAAACAUCACCGUGGUGCUAGACCCGCCCCGUGCAGGCGUGAACAAGCGCUUGAUCAAAAAGCUACGAGAAUGCACUGCCGUAGAUGAGUUGUUCUACAUUUCAUGCGAUUACAACCAAAGCAUAGGCAAUAUCAAAGAUUUGACAAGAAAAGAAUCAAAGGCGUACAAAUCAGGGUUUACCGUGGUAGGAACAUAUGCUUUUGAUAUGUUUCCCGGUAAUAACAAGGUUGAGGUGCUUUACCACCUGGUAAGACUAGAAUAAAUGGUUUUACAUGUGGGCAGUGUUCAACGUGGCGUACCGUAAGUAAUCCUGAUUGAAGUAAAUUCAUAAUUUCCAUUAUUUGAC